UCUAUUGUUGGUCGGGAUCCACUUAUUGAGGUAGCUAUUAGUUUGGAGAAGGCCGCAUUAUCUGAUGAAUAUUUUAUUAAGAGGAAGCUUUAUCCAAAUGUUGAUUUCUAUUCUGGGUUAAUAUAUCGGGCCAUGGGAUUUCCACCAGAGUUCUUCACUGUGUUAUUUGCAAUCCCUCGAAUGGCUGGGUACUUGGCACACUGGCACGAGUCUCUAGAUGAUCCCGAUACAAAGAUAAUAAGACCCCAACAGAAAUUGUGAGAGUGAAGGAGGGGGAAAGAAGAUGAAAGCAAAAAGGAAACUUGGUGAUAGUGUAGACGUAAAACGGGACUUAAAACGGCAGAGGGUUGUGGAUUCACCAUCUUCACCUCCUGAAGAGUCACUGUGCCUUAUAAUGACGAUGAAGAUGAUGAAAGGAGAGCAUUGAAUCACAUGGGCAGCAGAGAAGAAGAUGGUCACAGAGUUGAAAGUGAAGAAGAAGAUGAUGAAGAUGAAGAUGAAGAUGAUCCAUUUCAGUUUAAUUUCAAAGGGUUUUUGAAUUUCCAUUUUAGUCUAUAAAUUUUACAUUUUGAACUUGUGCAU